AACAUUCUUACUUAAAUAGAUUUUGGAAUAAUGAUACUCAUUUAUUAUUACAAAAAAACCAAAAUGAUUUAAUACAAGAGCAAUACGGUAAUUUAGAAAUUAUCACUUUUUUACAGAAAAAUUAUAAUGAUUUGAUUUCAUCAAAUUAUCAAACUUACUAUUUAGAGAAUAAUAGUAUAAAUUUACCAAGUGCUGUUCAUACAGAUGCUCCAUUAAAUGUUGGUGUUUCGUCUACGAUUAAUAACCCUGAAAGUAGUUAUUCUUUUAAUAAUGCCUACCAGAAUGAUAAAAACGCAAAAGAUAAAAUGAAAAAAUUAAAAACUAACAAAGUAUCUAAUAUUCAAAUAAACGGGAAUGAAAAGGCUUCGAAAUCUAAAAGAAAAGUAAAGAAUAGUAGAACAACUCUAAAAAGUCGAUUUACAGCUAACGAGCGCGAACUUUAUGAAAAAUACCAGCAAUCUGAAAAGAACUUUAGAAGGUUUUUUAGACUUAAAAUUAAAGAUCAAAUGCCGCAAUUUAUUAAGAAACUUGAAAUAUCUAAUCUUUCUGAUGACUUGAAACAAAAAUCAAUUCUUGCUCUACAAAAUCUUUCAAGUUUUUUAGAUACUAUAAAUAGAAUUUAUAUUAGUACAAAUAAAAAGAAAAAUAAGGAAGAUUUUUUAAAUUCAUUAAAUUUAUCAUGUAAUCAAUUUAGCAAGUAUACCGUCGUGUCUCAAAAACUUUUAAUUUUUAAAUUGAUUUGUAAUAAUUUACAUUGGGUUGAUGAAAGCAUUUUUUGUUGUAUUUCUAGUUGUAAUUUUUAUGAAAUUAAUUGGUUAUUAUUUUGCAUUGACAGAAGAUUUAGUUUAUUUUACAGUAGACUAUUUAGUCUAAGAGAAAUAUUUGAUAAAAAUGAUCAACAUUAA